AUGCCCCCCAGGAGCCAGGGUGAGGGCAGCCCUGACUGCAGGCUCGCAGGAGCAGGCAGCGGGCCAGCUGGCUCUGGCACCCGUCCCGGCAGCCCGUCCUGCCCCUUCACUGUGACUCUGCAAAACAGCGGGGCGGCGGCGGUGACGAUGACGAUGGCCGGGCCAGGAGGAAGUAGAGCAGCCCGGCUGGGCGCUGCACUGCUCGGGGCAGAGCAGAGGGCUCGGCUGGGCAGGAAGGAGGAAGGCCAAGGGCGGCUGGCAGCAGCAGCCAUGGCCGAGCCCGAUGAUCGGAGCAUUCACACACAGCACAUCUCGACCGUACACAACGUGCCCAUGAGCGUCCUCAUCCGGCCCAUCCCGCCAGAGCUGGAUCCAGGGAAAGUGCAGAGCCUGGUGGAGACCCUGCAGGAAGAUCCCGAGCGAGUGCCCCCCAUCGACGUGCUCUGGGUCAAAGGCAGCGAGGGCGGUGACUACUUCUACUCCUUUGGGGGCUGCCACCGCUACGCAGCCCACCAGGCACUCCAGCGGGAGACCAUCCCCGCCAAGAUCAUCCCCUCCACCCUCAGCGACCUCCGAACCUACCUGGGCUCCUCCACGCCCGACCUGCGCUAGCCCAGCAUCCCGAGGAUGCACCCGCAGCCCCCGCUGUUGCCAUUGGUUCCUACCCGUGAGCCCCCGGUGAAGAUGGGGUCGGGGUCCCCCAGCCCUGAGGGGGGGUCCCGGAGUCCCUCCAACAGGGAUGGGGUCAGUGUCCUCCAACCUUGGGCGCAGGUCCUCGAGGUUCCUCCAGCCGGGAUAGGGUCAGGGUCUUCCAACCCUGAGGGGAGUCCCUGGAGUCUCUCCAGCCGGGAUGGGGUCAGGGUCUCGCCGGUACCGGGAGGUGUCCGGGGCGGGGCGGGGCCGGCAGGUGGCGAUAUUGUGCCGCGCUCCGCCGCCACGAGAGACUGCGGGGACCGGGACGGGACGGGACGGGAUGAACCAGGACGGGACGGGAUGAACCAGGACGGGGUGAACUGGUUGGGGUGGGCUGAACCGGGGCACGGCUCAACCGGGAAUAGCUGAACGGUGAUGGAACGGGCGGAACCGGGGCAUGGCUCAACCGGGAAUGGCUGAACCGGGACAGGAGGGGCUUAACCGGGGCACGACUCAACCGGGACGGACUGAAGCAGGGCACACUGGAACUGGGACAGGUCACAGCCCGUCCGAGGCACAGAUGUACCAGGAAGGGAUACAGAUGGACCAGGAAGGCAGAGAAGCAAAGCGGGACACAGCUGAAUCAAGACACAGAGGCACUGGGAGGAAGCACAGCUGAACCGGGCAAGGCCAGUCCCCAGCCCUCACACGGCGACUCUGGGCACACCCUGUGCCCGGAUCGGGGGGACCCUGGGCUGUGCCUGCCCCAAAAACGUCUACUCCAACCCCGGACACAUCCCGUGGUCCCCCUGUCCAUGGGGACACCUCCAAAAUGCUGGGGUGGGGACAUCUGCUGCUGCACCUGGAAUAAAGGUGAUCAAAGCCCCACA